CCUCUGACGUCUCUGGGAUGCGAAGGGAAAACAGAUCAGAGCGCAUCGGCAGGCGGGUGGGAUGAGGAAGCAGCCAAAGGGGGACAACGCCAGGAAGCCGAGCGAGCGGUCCCGGGGCGCUGCCUUGUAAGCGGCAUCUCUUGAGAAGCCCUGUUUCCCUGCAUCCAACAUGGCUCUAAAGACCCCCCAGGGCUCUGUGCUGAGCUCCCCAGAGCAAGGGGAUGUCUCCGUGGUCCUUGUGGGAAAAUCAGGGGUGGGAAAAUCGGCUCUCCUCAAUGCCCUGCGUGGGAUGACCGAAAACGAUGUCGGAUGUGCUCCGUUGGAUGCCCCACCUAAAUCCGGGGGCCCUGUCAUGUACCCCGACCCAUCCCAUCCCAAUUUACUGAUCUGGGAACUAGCUCUGGAUUGUGAGGGGCAGGCCGACCGGUGGCUGAAGGAGGCUGACGUUUUUGUCGUGGCGACAGAUGGCAAGUUUGACGAGACUCAUGCCCACCUGGCCAGGGAGGCCCGGGCGGCUGGCAAGAAGGUCUAUUUUGCCCGCACCAAGGCUGAUUUGGAUCUUCAUACCCUCAAGCGGUUGAUGGGGGAGCACUACAACCGGCCCGAGGCCCUGCAGGCCCUGCGGGGUGUCUGUGCUGAGUCGCUGGGGGCCCACGGUCUCGGGGAGCCCUUUGUCUUCCUGAUCUCUGCUUUUGAACCCUUCGCCCUGGACUGCCCCCAGCUGCGAAAAGUGUUGCUGGACGACGUCCACACGUACGAGAGGGUCCUAAAGCCCACUCGCUUGGACUACGAGGUGAUCAGCGAGCAGGAGAUUGCAGAGAUCCAGGAGGCCUAUGAGCUGGGAGGCCUCUCGGAAGUGGUGACCCGCAUUCAGUGCAGCCUGGAGACCCUCUGGAAUGCCCAUCUUGACAUUGGCAUCACGGGGGAGUCGGGCGCUGGGAAAUCCACCUUUGUCAACGCCUUGAGGGGUGUGGGCGAUGAGGAUGAGGGAGCUGCGGAGACGGGCGUGACAGAGACCACAGCCCAGCCUACGCCAUAUCCUUACCCCGCCCACCCCAAUGUCAUCCUGUGGGAUCUCCCUGGCAUUGGCACACCCAACUUCCAGGCUGAACGCUACCUAGAAGCGGUGGAGUUUUCUCGCUACGACUUCUUCAUCAUCCUGGCCUCGGAGAGGUUUAAGGAGAACCACGUCCGUUUGGCCAAGGCCAUUGUCAAAGAAGGCAAGCGGUUCUAUUUCGUGCGCACCAAGCUGGACAAUGACCUGGAGUCCAUGAGGAGGCGGAGGAACCCUCCAGCCGACGAGGAAGUCCUGGAGCAGAUCCGGACUGACUGCCGGGAGAAGCUCGCCAAGGCCGGGCUGGCAGACACCAAGGUUUUCUUGCUCAGCAGCUUCGAGAUGGACAAGUUUGACUUCCAAGUCUUCGAGGAAACCCUGGAGCAAGAACUUCCGAGCCACAAGCGCCACGCCUUCCUGCUGUCGCUGCCCAACGUCUCCUCGGUCAUCAUAGACAAGAAGAGGCAGCUCCUUCACCAGGAGGUUUGGAAGGUAGCUCUUAUCUCCAGCUUGGUGGCCGCCGUCCCUUUGCCGGGCCUGGCCUUCACCUGCGAUGUCUCCAUUUUGCUGAGGAAGCUGUCCACCUACCGGCAGGACUUUGGCCUCGAUGCAGCGUCCUUGACCCGUCUGGCCGAGCGGUCGGGGAAACCACUGGAGGUCCUGAGGGCCGAAGUCCACAGCACUCUAGGCCGGAGCAUCAACAGGGAAGUGGUCAUUGGGUUGCUGGGGAAGGCCACUGGGACAGGCUUGGUGGUGGCCAAUUUCUUCAUCCACCGGAUUCCGAUUUACGGAGCCCUGGCAUCCGGCGGGAUUUCCUUCCACACCACUUACUACAUGUUGAGCCAGUGCUUGGAAGAGCUGGCUAAUGACUCCCAAAGGGUCCUCAUGAAGGCCUUUGAAAGCGAGGUCUGAGGCAGCUGGAACAAGGCCGCAGUCCCUAGGCGCCUCUGUGACUUUUCCUCAGAUGCCUUAGCACUGUUACGUUCCUGCUUUAGCUUUAACAUGGCUGAUCUACUUGUUGAUGUUUAUGGAGUCAUGGGACCAUGAUCUUGUUUUGGAACCUGGUUUUGACAAACGGGAAUUGCAUGAGGCCGCCAUCCCCCAUUGGAAUGAGAGCAAGAUUUAGACGAGCAAUUUCUGUGCAGUGUUCCAGAAGGCUCCACAGUUCCCUGUUACUCAGGGGCGGCCAACCCCUCCAGAUGUUGCUGAACCCAUCACCCCUGCAUGUAAGCCAGUGUUUCCCAAACUUGGGUCUCCUGCUGUUUUUGGACUACAACACCCAUCAUCCCUUGCCAGCAGGACCAGUGGUCAGGCAUAAUGGGAAUUGUAGUCCAAAACUGCUGGAGACCCAGGUUUGGGAAACCCUGGUGUAAGCCAUGCUGACUUGGGCUGAUGGGAGCUGUAACCCAACACCUGGAAGGCAAUUGGAUCCCCGUUCCUGUUUUAUAAUAAUGUCACGUGACUAACCUGUGGCCUUCUGGAUGCUGCUGAACCACAACUCCCAUCUUCCCUUUCUAUUGGCCAUGUUGACUUGGGGUGAUGGAAGUUGUAGUCCUUCGACACUGUAGUCCAUCAACAUCUGGAGGACCAAAGACUUGUCUGUCAUGUGCCAUUAAGCAUUCAGUGGCAGGUUUAGUAACUGAUGUGGUAGCUUCAGCUUUUGGAAACCGGAGCUCACUUUGCCUCAGAUACGUGACGUAAUUUGGAAUGCUUCCUAGAGAUAAAUCCACGGACAUAAGUGGAGAAGGGUGUGUAGGAAAGGAAACUAAUGUAUUAUCAAACUUUCUACACUGUCUCAUGCAGCUGAUAGAAUCGGAGUCUGGGACUCACAUGCUUUUUUCCUAAUGUAUUAGGUGCUGUGAUGCUGCUAUGUUUUUAGCUAUUCUUACUUUUGUCUGUAAGCCGCCUUGAGUCCCCGUCAGGGAACAAGGUGGGGUAUAAAUAAACAUACAACAAAAACGAUACUUUUUGCAGAUUUCAAAAGUGGCAAACGUCACACCGUUAACACUUUUGGGAUUUUCUUAUGCGGUUGUCCUUAUAAAUGCGCAUGAUUGAAACAGGGGCAGAAGUUAAGCCUGGUGGAAUUGGAGGGAUGCGGCCUGGCUCUUUAAGAACAAAGGGCUGGUGUCUAUGUGUUUUACUUCCUUCGAAGCAGUGGAGUCAGAGCGCCACCUGGUGGAGGGGAGCUCCAUGGCACUUGAGACAAUGCAGCAGCCCAGUCCACUUGCUGGUGGAAUCGAAAGAGCAGCUUGAUGGAAGUAUGGAGCCCCAUGAAGCCUGGUCGCUUAGGGUAGGGUGACUGGCACACUGCCCUGCUCACCUCAAAUCAGCACCCUGUUGGUCACCACCUUAUUCUUAUUUAUUUAUUUAUUAAAUUUGUUUACCCGUGGAUCUCAGGGCAGUUCACAACCCAGUCUGUCGGGUGACGCGGGCUGUCAGCUGCCUCCUCUUUAGUUUUCAGGGGUUCCCUGGUACAACUCGGCAGGGAGGUUGGUGUGGGGCAGACCUGGGAUUAGUCGGCUCCACCUCAGCUGGAUAGCUCAGUUGGUUAGAGCGUGGUGCCGAUAACACUGAGGUUGCAGGUUCGUUUCCCCCUAAGGGACAGCUGCAUAUUCCUGCAUUGCGAUGAACAUAAGCUGUACACGUGUUCCUUAUUAGGAAGCUGCUAUAGGCUCUGGUUUUGCCUACUGCUGGGCUUCCUUCCUCCUGCCCUACCAAUCCCAGUCAUUACUGGAUGGAGCGAUCUGUCUCUCCUCCACCUUGCCUGGUCACUCGAUCUGCAUGCAAUUCCCGGUCACUUGCGGCGACCAGGCUAGCACUGAAUUAGAAGGCUGGGCUAGAAGAUCCUGGGCAGCGAAGCGCCCAGUGGCCUCUGUCUUAAUACCUUGCAAAGGAGCUACCCAUUGGGGUAGGUAGUACUAGUGGCCCAUAUGGUUGGAGUCCAGCUCUCAUUAUCCCUGACCAUUUACUGGGAUCGCAAUCUAACAAUGCAGUCAGUUUGGUAGAGCACGCAACUCUUAAUCUCGGGGCUGUGGGUACCAAUCCAAGGUAUGGGCUGGAGGUGGAGGUGGAGGAGGAGGAGGAGAAAGUCAUGUUGUGCCUCUAACAGCAGUUUCCCCAGCAUGCCACUAGAGGGCAGGGCCAUGCAGUUUCUGAAAUAACACCUGCAAAAUUUGCACUUGCAAUCCUAUUGCUGCAUUGGAAGGAGAGGAAAUUGCCAAACGAGGCAGUUUCUAAUUACGCAGCUCCCCCUUCCACAUUUUCUUCUGUGGUGUAACACUCAUAUUUCCCUUCUACCAUUAAUAAAGUUGUUAAGGCAUUAACUGUUGUCCUCAUGCUCUUGCGAAGUCUCUUGAAUAUUUCAUCUGGUUUCUUUGGAGCCGUUUAGGUGUGGAAAGCUUUUCUAAAACCCUCAGUUACAAAUGGCCAUUUAUAACCAAGCAAAACACUUUAGCCUGUGAAUAACUCCGUGAAAAUUAGUAGCUCACAGCAAAACAUAAUGCUUAGAAUUGAGCCAGUUUGGGGUGUGCUGAUUCCAAGGAGGGGGACAAAAAUCCCCUGGGAAUCGCAUCAGCCAUCAUUUGGGAGGGUUGCAGAUCUGUGUGAAAAUGUUCUUUUCAAAAUGGGGAUAGAAAGCAUGGCUCACUCAUCUGAUCUGAUUUGGUGGUGCUGUCAUAUUGCAAACCCUAAUGGGUCACAUGAUUCCUGACUGGGCCACUUAGUAAAGAAGAAUUUUUCCUUUAAAAAAUGUACACAAAGCAGAGAGAGGCAGCCAAACGAGUGAAAAUAAAAUAAAUGCCCCUGGAAACUUGGCUAGGCUCCAGUUAUUCACCUGCCUAUGCUGAAUCAGUGGCCUCAAAGAAUCACCUACAAUUUCCAUAGUUCCCUUCAUGGAGGAAUUCAUGGUUAAACUGCUCGGGGAAUGGGAAACGGGUAUCUCCUGACAACUCUCGGCACUCAUAACAAACUACAAGCCCCAUGAUUCUUUGGGCAAAGCCAUGUCUGCUUAAAAGUGGUAUGAGAAUGCUUUAACUGUAACUGCUUCUGUCUGAGGAAUUCAGGCAAGGCACUAUUUUGUCCUUCACCUCAGAUACCAAAUAGUUCUGUGAAGGCCCUUUUCAUCACAGAUGAGCUAAACACGCUACUUUUUGCUGUCAUUUAUUUGUAGAUGACAUAGGGCACACACGCCAAAAGUGAUUAAGAACAUCUUUUACAAAUUGGUUUAUUGGUGUUACGUGAUCUACGCUACCUGCACCAGGGGCCUCCCACCCAGCUUACAUUUUUGGGGGACUUUAACUUCUGCCUCUGCUGUAAUACCGUCGGCACUGACGAGGCCCUAAUUUUAGACACAACCACUAGAGCAGGGGUUCCCAACAAAAUUUUCUCGAGGACCCCUCAUCAAGCCACUAUUGUGACAAGGACCCCCAUUAAUUCCUAAUCCUAAAAUUAAAAAGUGAGAGCCAAAUUAAGUCUUUUUAUAUUUUAUAUUUAUACGUUUUUUACAGUUACAACAGAGUACUCCAUCAGUAUACAGUUAGUUUUAAUUUUCAGUUCUUAAUGAGAUGAACCACUUUUUAACCAACGGUCCAUUUUUAACUACGCGAACUGUAGCUUCAGCAAAAAACAACGCUUUGUUUGUAAACACUACUGUUUUGCAAGGAGGCAGCGCGCGCCAG